ACUUCCAGUUCCGAGCAUCACGCUCAGUUCGGUGGACAGCUUUGACCGGUUUGGUCGAGCAUUAAGAAUACAGUGCAAUUAGAAGUUUUGUACCGAUCAUCGUACAGGAUGAUCGUAUCGUGUAGAUUAUGGCCGGUGGUGUUGAUAGUUGCCUCCGUCGCCACUUCCCUCGCAACCGGUGCCGAAGUGGAAGCGGUCGAUGCUACCGAGACUAGAUCAGGUUUCGGAGCAGGUGGUGGUGGUGGUCGUGCUCCGGUGACACUGAACCGAGAUCGCAACAAGUGCGUACUUUCGCCAACCACGGCCAGCGGAAGCAUGAUCCAGCGCGGUCGCACCUUUUGCAGUGGGGACCUAAUCUUCCAGGAUAAUUUUAACUUCCUGGAUUUUGAAAAAUGGGAGCACGAGAAUACGCUUGCCGGUGGCGGGAACUGGGAAUUCCAGUGGUACACAAACAACCGGUCGAAUUCAUUCGUUGAGAAUGGCACCCUUUACAUUCGUCCCACGCUCACGGCUGAUGAGUAUGGCGAGCACUUCUUGUCCUCUGGGACUAUUAACUUGCGUGGUAAUCACCCUGUUGAACAAUGCACCAACGCGGCAUUCUGGGGUUGCGAGCGCGCGGGUACACCAACAAACAUUCUGAACCCGGUCAAGAGUGCCCGCCUCCGGACGCUUUCGUCGUUCAACUUCAAGUACGGUCGGGCGGAAGUUCGCGCCAAGCUUCCGUCUGGGGAUUGGUUGUGGCCAGCGAUUUGGUUGCUUCCCAAGCGAAACGCUUAUGGAACGUGGCCCGCUUCCGGGGAGAUCGAUCUGAUGGAGUCACGUGGGAAUGAGAAUCUUACGGUGGACGGGGUUCAGAUUGGCACCCGUCAGUUUGGGCAGACGCUGCACUUUGGGCCGAAUCCGUCCCAUAAUGGGUACAAUACGGCCACGCGGACGAAGAAUGCUGAACCAGGGGAAGAAUACAGCAAGGGGUUCAACGUCUACGGGUUUUUGUGGUCCCCGGACAACAUUACGGUCAGCAUCAACGGGGAGAAUGUGGCAACUUUUGAAGGUGGAGAAGGAUUCUGGAAGCGAGCUGGAUUCGAUAAGCUGAACAUGGAGAACCCUUGGCGAUAUGGUAGCAAGAUGGCACCGUUUGAUCAGGAGUUCCACUUUAUCUUGAAUCUGGCAGUCGGUGGGGUGAACGGAUAUUUUCCGGAUAAUGGAGAUAAUCCGGGUGGUAAACCGUGGAAGAACAGUUCACCGCAGGCGGCAACGGAUUUCUGGAAUGGGCGCGAGAAUUGGUUGCCUACGUGGAAUCUGGACAAGAACGAUGGGAAGGAUGCUUCUCUGCAAGUUGACUACGUUAAAGUGUGGGCUUUGUGAGCAAAUUGAUUGAGAAUCGAAAAUUUAGAAUAUUUGUAAUUCUAAUCUAAACAAGGUUAUUUAAAAACUUCAUCAAAUCUAAAUCAAGUUUUGUCAGUUGUUUUUUCUUGUAAUAUUGUGGAUACCGUAUGCGAACGACACGUUGAUGGCCUUCCUCCAUCUAUACCAUUCCUCAAUACAGUUGUUGUGGAAGCGAUGUGAUAUAAUAAGCAAACAGUUUCAACACAAAUUAAAUCGCACUCGCUCUGCGCGCGUGUGUAGUAUACAUGAGAUAGAUGGAUGUGGGUUAUGAAAAAGGUCCACGUAAUCUGUGGGGAUUUGAAU